GAAACCAUCCACCUUCAACCCUGGCAUCCAGUGACCCACUGUCUUCCAUUCCUGCUUUCUGGACCCCACUGUGGACAGCCUCAUCUCCAUACUCACCACAUGGCUCUAACUCUCCAGGCUGAUGUCAGUGCUGCCUCUGUGCAGUUCCUUCUAGAGAACCAGCGUGUGAUCAGAUAGGCUGAUAAUAGCCACUGAGGAGGCUGAGGCAGGAGGAUCACAAAUUCAAGGCCCACUGGGCACAGGCACAGGCACUCCAUGCGCGGAGGGAACCAGCGCAUAGACCUGAACUUUUAUGCCACCAAGAAGAGUGUGGCAGAGAGCAUGCUAGACGUGGCGCUCUUUAUGUCCAAUGCCAUGCGGCUGAAAUCAGUGCUGCAGCAAGGGCCAUUCGCGGAGUACUACACCACCCUAGUCACCCUCAUCAUUGUCUCUCUGCUCCUGCAAGUGGUCAUUAGCCUCCUUCUUGUGUUCAUCGCCAUCCUGAACCUGAAUGAGGUAGAGAACCAGAGGCAUUUAAAUAAGCUCAACAAUGCUGCCACCAUCUUGGUCUUCAUAACCGUGGUCAUCAACAUUUUUAUCACUGCUUUCGGAGCACACCAUGCAGCCUCCAUGGCUGCCAGGACCUCCAGCAAUCCUAUUUGAUGACUACCUAGGUCCCAGGAGCUGGGUCUAGAGCCACUUCAGCCUUUGUCCCUGACUUGUCAGGAUAACUAGCAUUUCCCACAGCCUCCAGGAGAGCUUCAAGGGCUACGAAGAAACCCCUGCCUCUUGUCCACAGCACCAGAAUUAAAGUGGGCCUCUUUCCUGGGUGACGUAAUUGCACUUUGGUCUGGAGGCCCGAGCUGCUUCCAGCAGCAGUAACUCGGUCUGUUAAGGCAGCUCCUGCACAGCCUGCACACUCUGCACUGCCUUCUUUUCCUGUGCUCCAGGCCUCAAUGUUCCCUUUCUGCAAAAUGGAAUCUAUCUAUAAAGAUAUCUGAAAAUUCA